CUGUACAACUCCUCCAAUUCCUCUCUACGACUCAGAAAACCGCGUUGAAUCUUACAAUGUCUCUCUCUCUCCAAUUCUGCACGUAACACAAGAGCUUGUGCUGUACUUAACAAUGGUGAGAGUACGUUAAUUAUCUGCAGCUGCAAGAAGAAAAGGUUAUUAGCCGAUUAUUCCUGCUCACGUAGCAAUGGUGAGAGCGUUAGCUGUUACUGCGGGCAAUGGCUUCGCCGCCGUGCCUACUACUGCUCCAGCCGCCGGCUGGGUCCUCGUCGCCUUCGGCUUCGCCGCGGCCGUAGCCGUCGUGGCGAUCGCCGUGUUCGGCUGUGCCGAUCGACCUAAACAGAAACCAAAAAGGAAGAAGGACAAGCGCCGCCGCCGCCGGGACGAUGACGGCGGCGGUGACGACGGUCCAGACGGGGGCGAUGGUGGUGGUGACGGCGGCGGGCACCACGAGCACGGCGGAGAUCAUGGUGGAGGCUGGCACCACCAUGGUGGAGACCAUGGCGGCGGUGGGCACCACUUCUCCGGUGACCAUGGGGGCGGUGGCGGUUGUGGCGGCGGCGGUGGCUGCGGCGGCGGAGGUGGGUGUUAGUAGCUAUAGUUGUGUACAGGUGGAGAUAAAGAGUUUAAAUACGAAUUGUACUGAUAAAAGGGAGUCCUAAAGAUAAGUAUAUUCUAACUUGUAUCUACAUCAUAUAUUCAUAUGCACUUUCUCUAUAUAUACCUAUCAUUAGAGUACACCGAAGGUCCCUCAACUUGUCAUCGAGUUACAAAAUCGUCCCCAACCACAAAACCAGGGAUAUGACAUCCCUCAGCUUAUAAAACCAUUCACUUUAGGUCCUUAGGUGGUUUUGACUCCGGUUUUAUCUGACAUAACGGCUGAAUCAGCGUGGGACCCAAGUAGACUCUACAUGUCAGGGUGACCACAUCACCACCCUCUCUCUUUUUUCCCUCUUCUCUCCCUUCCUCUCUCAUUUUCCCCCUAGGCGUUGAUGGCGGCGGCGUCCUCGACGCGGCAGGGAGGAGGGCCAGCGUGGUUGGCGGCUGGCAGGGGAGGAGCGCAGUGGACAGGAUAGCCGAUGCGACGGGUGGCGCCGCCGAUGGCUACCGUUGCACGGAUCGGUUGUCUGCCUACCCUCCUUCUCCUUCUCUGCGUGCCGUGCGGCGCCAUUGCCGUGGCCGUAGUAGCUAUAGUUGUGUACAGGUGGAGAUAAAGAGUUUAAAUACGAAUUGUACUGAUAAAAGGGAGUCCUAAAGAUAAGUAUAUUCUAACUUGUAUCUA